CGCGACUUAUUUCCUCCAGGGGGUGGACAGGACGCGCAACUUAUGUUUCAAUUGUGACACUCCUCGGCACGGCUGGAGACACCUCAAGUCGCCCGCAGGGAGGCAGGUUCGCUGCUAUCGAGGGCGCAGCGCUGCUGCUGCGGUGACGAAACACAGCCAGCAGACUCCGGGCGCUGGCAGUGCUGUGGCAGCCAGUCUCUCCGGGACAGCAGACAGCAGCACACAGCAGGCAGCAGCUUACAGCAGAAUACACGGCGCACCGCGGCAGCGCCACAGACCCGGGACACCCUCGCUGGGUUGCGAGACAGUGACGUACAGAGGGCGCUGCAGCACGGCGAUGGCUGCCACCACUGAUGGAGACAGCGUGGAGCGCAAGGAAGAGGCCCUGCGAUGCGAUGGCCUGGGCCGAGGAUACAUGUGGUGGAGGCGAAGACGUUUUCAACUGGCAUUCCUGUGCUUCGUUGGAUUCGCAAAUCUCUAUGCUGUCAGAGUUAACAUCAGUGUCGCCAUUGUCGACAUGGUGGCUAACCGUUCAGUUAGCACAGAAAACAACACGGUGACAUAUGAGCAAGAUUUUCCAUGGGACUCAAGAGUGCAGAGCCUCGUGCUGAGCAUGUUCUUCUAUGGCUAUGUGCUCACACAGCUGGCAGGUGGCUGGCUAGCUACUCGGUUUGGUGGUGCUAGACUCGUAGGGAUAGCAGUCGCUGGCUCUGUACUGUUGUCAGUUUUCACACCACCCCUUGCCUGUUCCAGCUUAUACCUGCUGAUGGCUGCUCGUGUCCUUAUGGGCUGUUUUCAGGGAAUGGUAAUGCCAGCAAUGAAUGAAAUGUGGGUGUAUUGGGCACCAAUUGAAGAACGCUCUCGUUUGAUUACAAUUACUUUGUCUGGCUGUUCAUUUGGUACUGUAAUUGCAAUGCCAGCAUCUGGAAUCAUAGCUUCUUCACUCAGUUGGCCUUUUGUGUUCUACAUAUUUGGAGGAUUAGGAUUACUAUGGUAUGCAAUUUGGGUGCCAUGUGUGAAGAAUACUCCAGAAAAUGACACCAGAAUUUCAGUAGAAGAGUUAAAAUACAUCACUGAAAGGAAAGACUAUUCAGCUCAAGAGAGUAAGACUAUUAAAACUCCUUGGCUUAAAAUAUUCUCAUCGCCACCAUUCAUUGCAACUGUCAUAUCACAUUUUGCAGCUAAUUAUGGACUUUUCAUGUUUCUGACAGAAUUACCUACUUUUAUGAGUGAUACUCUUAAUUUUGAUCUCCAGAAAACAGGGUUUCUUUCUGCUCUCCCCCACUUAGUGAUGUGUAUUGUCCUUCAGAUCUCAGGUCACUUGUAUGACUACUUAAAUAAGAAGAAAGUUCUUUCUCCCACACUGUUGCGAAAGUUGUUUCUUUGUGGAUCGUUUACCAUACAGGCUGCACUUUUAGUGCUAGCUUCUUAUCUCAGGAUACCUGCAGCAGUUGCACUGUGUCUAACAAUGUGUCUGGGGGCAGGUGCAUUAUGCUAUACAGCUCUGUGCUCAUUGUUUAUGGAUCUGUCACCAUUACAUAGCAGCAUAUUAUCUGGAAUUUCUUCCACUGUGGCAAAUUUAUCUGGAAUGAUUGCACCAGUUGUAGCAGGCUUUAUUGUGCGGAACAAGACUGCUGAAGAGUGGAGAAUUGUUUUCUUCAUUGCUGCUGCAGUUUAUGUUACAGCUGCUUUAAUUUUUGGUGUUUUGGGAUCAUCCGAAAGGCAGCACUGGGCAAAAGAGUCUGUAGCAGCUGGUGAUAAUAACAAGCCACAUGAAAAAAUAAAUAUAAGUGAAACAAAAGAUGUAGUGACACAUAUGUAAUGUAAUUUCUAGUAAUUUUAAUGUAGCUGGUCUUUGUGAUGUUGUGAUAUGAAAAUGAGAGUCACCAUUUCUUUGAUGGAUCAGAAGCAUUUUAAUCCAGUUGCAAUGGAAAAAAGUUACUUGUAAUAAUUCUUUAACGUUCUCAUGUGCUUUAAAUUUAGAUGCAAAGUUUUAUUUGCAUCUUUCAAAUCAAUGUGAAUCUCAAGAUUUAUAUGAAUUUAUAUUUAUUGCC